AUGGACGCAGAUUGGUCUAGUUGGGAUCUGGGCUCGGCGAGGCGUGCAAUCUUCAGCAACAACGAGUCAGUGUCGCGCAGGGUAUUGCGACGGCUACACCUGCGCUGGUUCCACGCCAACAAGAAGGCGAUGAAGAGGAUGCUGAAGGCCGGAGGUGUACCGCCGAAGGUGUUACAGCUCGUGGACGAUGUUGUCGACACCUGCCGAGUAUGCAAAUUGUGGAUGAAGAACGGCACCAAGGCGACCACAACCGUCAAGCUUAGCAUACAGUUCAACGACGAGGGAGCUAUGGCGUCUGAGGAAGUUGGUGCUGCCCUGGGCCGUAUGGGUACCACGCGGAAGCUCAAGGCUCCAGGACAACACGCCCAGAUCGUUGAACUUCAUCAAGACAUUUUGAGGAAGCAGUUACACCUCAUCGACGCCGCUCUCAGAGAAUGUGGAAUCAAGAUUCCGUUCACCAGGAGGCUGGCCAAGGCCACGUUCGCCAAGAACGCCUUCCUGAACAUCGGCGAGGGCACGCCAUACAAGGCGCUGUAUCGACGCGUGCCGCUGAUGCUCAGGGACUUCGACAGGAGCGGCGCUCAGGAGAUCGAUGAUGAGGAUGGGCUGGCUAUGUUCAGAUAUUCCCAGAGGCUUCGUGAGAUAGCUACAGCGUCCAUCAUCGAGGCGACUGCCCAGGCCAGAACGGAGCGAGCAGCGAAAGCGAGGACGGGGCCGGUGGCCGAAGAUCUACAGCUGGAAGUUGGCGAUCUCGUGGACUUUUACAAGCAGGCCAAAGCGCCGAAGGACGUGCCCAACUGGCAGGGACCGGCCAAAGUUGCAUCAGCGUCAGCACCGGAGACGGGCACGAUUACGGUACACAGGCAGGGAAGAGAUCUGAUUGUUAACGUUCCAGAUGUGCGACGUGCGAUCUCGUACAGCUAUGCGGUGUCCUUCAUGACUGUCGACAGCGACCCGGCCAUCAUAUUGCUGGACUUCAUGCACAACAUUGGAGAAGGAUUUGAGCAUCUGGGCUGG